AUGGCAGGUCUGAAAGACGAUGAGUGCAGAACAAAAUUCCGCCAACGUGUGUCAAUUCAUGUUGGAGUACGGACCAGGAAGAAGUUUAGCGAUGCGGAUUCCUUCACAAAGUGCAUCCAGGACGCUGCAAGGGAAACGCUCCCGGUUCUAUUGCCGCGGAAGAAGCUUGCCUUUGCAUCUGCAGAAACAAAAUCCACAUGCAAUUCUGUAUGUGUCACGCACAACGCUGGUCACUUCAACCAGGAAAAGCGUCUUAGAAGGAAGCUGCGUCGUCAACUGCAAUAA